AUGCCUGCUCGCAUUCGGGAGUCCACNGAACUGCGGACGAUGUUUUUUGAGUUAACACUAAACGUCAUGAUGAGAAUGAUUGCUGGAAAGCGAUAUUACGGUGAUAACAUUGCAGAUCUUGAGGAGUCAAAGAGGUUUAAGGAGAUUCAUAAAGAGACAUUUAAAUUAGCUGGAACGCCAUGUAUAGGAGAUUACUUACCGUUGUUCAAGUCCAAGAAACUGGAGAACAUGUUGAUCAAGUGUCAGAGAAAGAGAGACGAGUUCAUGCAGGGUUUGAUUGAAGAGCAUAGAAGAAGAAGAAGAGGAAGUGGUCAUGAUUCCGAGACUGAUAGAAAGAAUACGUUGAUUGAAGUUUUGUUGGGGCUACAAGAAUCAGAACCUGUAUACUACAACGACGAGAUCAUCAAAGGCCUAAUGCUUAUAAUGUUAUUGGCUGGCACAGACACCACAGUAAAUGCUAUAGAAUGGGCACUCUCACUUUUGCUAAACCAUCAAGAAGUCCUUGAGAAAGUCCAAAAAGAAAUUGACAAACAUGUAGGUCAGGAACGUCUGAUAGAGGAAUCAGAUCUGGCUCAGCUUCCUUGUCUCAGUAACAUCAUCAACGAGACAAUGCGUAUGUACCCGCCAUCCCCACUUUUAUUACCUCAUGAAUCGUCUGAGAAGUGCGUAGUUGGAGGAUUUCACAUUCCACAAGGGACAAUCUUGUUUGCAAAUUUGUGGGCUAUACAAAAUGAUCCAAAGCUUUGGGCCGAUCCAACAAAGUUUAAGCCAGAGAGGUUUGAGGGAGUAGAGAGGGGUAGAGAUGGGUUCAGAUUGAUGCCAUUUGGGUCAGGGAGAAGAGGGUGUCCUGGAGAAGGUUUAGGGUUGACAAUGUUUGGGUUGGUUUUGGGGUCAAUGAUUCAAUGCUUUCAGUGGAUGAGGACUGGGGAGGAGAUGGUGGACAUGACGGAAGGGGCUGGAUUAACAUUGUCAAAGGCUCAACCCUUGCAUGCUAAGUGCCGCCCACGUCCAAUCAUGUUCAACUUGCUAUCUCAAAUUUGAAUGAUAGCAAGAGGAGAUCAAGCAAAGUGUCCCAUCCAUGAGUAAGUUUGCCAAUGCAA